AUGUUUAGUAAUGUCAGCACAGAUCGCACUGCCCGAGCGAUAUGUGAUGCUGUUAAACGGUUGCUUAGCAAAUAUGGUGAAUCAGUUAAAGCUAAACUGAUUAUGCAAACUUAUGAUGGUGCAGCUGUUAUGAGUGCUCAUCUCAAUGACGUCCAGACCCUCGUCCGUCAAGAUUACGCAUUUGCAUUUUUCUUUCACUGUGGCGCCCACCGCUUAAACCUAGUCUUGUGUCAAUCUGCAUUGAAUAUCAAGGAGGUGAAGCUCUUUUUCUCCAAAAUAUCUGCUUUUUGUACCUUUAAUAAGCCCAGCUCUGAUAGAAAGGCACAUCUAAAUUCCCAUGGUGUUGAUAUCCCAAAUCCAGGUGAAACUAGGUGGUAAUAUAAGUCCCGUACUGUCUCUGCUAUCUUUAAGAGGUAUGACGCCUUAGAGAGAGCUUUGAUUCAAAUUAAAGAUGCACCUCGAAAUGUAAGGAAGAUACAGUUGAUCGGGCAGAUGGUCUACUCCACAGUCUCCUAGAAUCCUUUUCUGCUUUUUAUUAGAGCUUUACAACAAAAUUUGGAAAAGUUCUCAAUCUUAUACAAUGUUCUCCAAAAUUUUGUAGAUUUUCUCAAAAAUGAUCAUUGCAAUGAUACUGCCUUUGAAACCUGCUAUGCAGCUGCUGAGAAUCGAGUUGGUGUCCCAUUCCGAAGAUCAGAGCAAAUUAUUAAUUAUAAGCUGCUUUAUUGUGAAGUGAUUGACACCAUUGUUGGUAUGGUCAAUAAUCGGUUUCAAGAUGAUGACAGCUUCUCGUUUCUUGAUUUGUUGAAAGUUAACCCCAAAAUUUUUACUAAGUGGCAAAGUGGUGUUCCAGCUGACAAGUUGCAGCUGUUAAGAGAGAAAUAUGGGCCACUUUUUGAUAUUUCUAGUCUCGAAAGCCAACUGAUGUUUAUUUACAAAGAUCAUAGUUUUUAA